AGUUUGGAGAAAGACCACCCGAGGGCACCAUGACGGGCAGCAUCGAGGGGCUGGAGAGGUUUGAUAGUCCUGGUAAAGGGCGAGGUCUCCGUGUUACCAAACCCUUUAAAGUUGGAGAGCUGCUGCUUUCCAGUCCGGCGUACUCUUUUGUGUUGUCAGCAAAGGAGAGAGGCUACUACUGUGAGUUCUGCUUCGCCAGGAAACAGGGUUUGGCAAGAUGUGGGAAAUGCAAGAAUGCCUUCUACUGCAACGUGAAAUGCCAGAAAGGGGACUGGGCCAUGCACAAGCUGGAGUGCUCUGCCAUGACUGCAUUCGGAAAGAACUGGUGCCCGUCAGAGAUGUCUCGCCUGGUGGCUCGGAUCCUCGCCAAGAAGAAAACACAGAAAGAAAGAUGUGUGUCUGAGAGGAUCUUGCUCAUAGACGAGAUCCAAUCACACAUAGAGGACAUUGAUAAUGACAAAAGGGAAAUGAAUGAGGCAGAAGUUGCCGGACUGCAUCGUUUUUUCUCCAAAAAUUUGGAGUUGCCCGACCACAAAGACCUUCUCACGCUCUACUCCCAGGUUGCCUGUAAUGGUUUCACUAUAGAAGACGAUGAACUGUCUCACAUGGGUACUGCAGUCUACCCAGACAUUGCACUAAUAAACCACAGCUGUCAACCCAGCGUCGUAGUCACAUAUAAAGGGACGUCGGCUGAGGUUCGGGCGGUGCAGGACAUGAAGCCUGGAGAUGAAGUGCUCAUCAGCUACAUAGACCUCCUCUAUCCAACAGACGAGCGCAACAACAUGCUAAGAGAGUCCUAUUACUUUAUCUGUGAGUGCCAGGAGUGUAAAACCAGGUCUAAGGACAAGGCAAAGUUGAAAGUACGUAAGCGGAUUGAUCCCAUCGAGCCGGACGUCAUCAGCAACAUGGUGCGCUACGGCAGGAAAACCAUGAGAGAGUUCCGGGCCCUUAAACACAUGAAGACCCCUAGUGAGCUGCUGGAGAUGUGUGAACAGAGCCUGGAGGAGAUGGGAGCCGUCUUUGAUGACGCCAACGUCUACAUGCUCCACAUGAUGUACCAGGCCAUGGGGGUCUGUCUCUACAUGGAGGAUCCAGACAGAGCUAUCAGAUAUGGCGAGAAGAUCCUCAAACAUUACAGCAAGUUGUAUCCACCCUACUCUCUGAAUGUGUCCUCCAUGUACCUGAAGCUGGGCAGGCUGUACAUGGGCUUAGACAGGCACUCCGAGGGCGUCAGCGCUCUGAAGAAGGCACUGGCCAUAAUGGAGGUGGCUCAUGGGAAGGAUCACUUCUACUUGACAGAACUGCGCAAAGAGAUGGCACAAAAAUGAAGAGGAUGGGAAAAAUGCACUUUCCAGUGAUUUUGUUAGUGAAGCAAACAUAGAGAGCACUCAUGUUUUUAUGCAAAGUUAUAUGCAGUCAGAAUAAUUGUGAGUUUUGGAAAAUGAACUUUACAUGUUAGCGUUACAUAUGAAAGAACCUUGAAGUCUGUUUAGUGCAGGAUGAUUUUGUACGAAGCAUGCUUUUAAUGUUUAGUUAUAAAAUCCUACGAUGUGAACACUGCUUUUUACUCAUGUGUUUUAAGAAUUGUUUUCCAAAUUGUUAACGCUUUCGUGUGUGUUUUGGCUUGUGACUGACGCAUCAGCUGGACCCUGCCAUCCAUCACAGCCAAGUUGUUUACACAUGAGAGUCGGGGCGUCAAUGCAACAAAAUCCCCGUCAGCCCAUCAGGACAGCUGCCUCACCACAAGGGGCCUAUUAAAGCUGCAGCGUGUGCCCAAGUCACGACAGAGGGCCGGUACAGAGCGCUGUGUUUGCAUUAGCACCUUGUGUGAGUGCUCUGCGCUAAUUAAUGUUUCCAGAACUGCAGAAGAAACCCUCUCCGACACACGCACAUUAUUACCAGCUGACGGAAAUGAUAAAUGAAUCUGUGGCCACAGUCUUAAAGAAAAUAAGGCUUUAUUGCAUAAUAAGCAAGUACGACAGCUUCAUACAUGUCUGGGGAGAGAAAAACAAAAAGACUUGAUGCACUGAAAACGCAUAUACAAAACAUAUGUACACAUACUUUGAAAAGUAUUUGGGAGUUUUGCCAAAAAGAAAAACAAUUCAGGGGAAAAAUUAAAUAUAAACAAACAGUGGAAUGCCGUGUGAGAAAAUACUGUCACAAAGAGAACAGAAGUGCAACAAAACACUUAAAUGUCAAGAGAGCAUAAAGCUUAUACUUAUUUGAGAAUAUAUACAUUGAAAUAUAAAAAUGCAUGCAUAGUUUAUUAUGUUGCGGUAUUUUUAGGGUACCAAGUCCAAAAAAAAAAAAAAAAAAAAAAAGGAAACUAUAUAAAACAUUUGUAGAAAUCUUUUUCUCACAUGCCCAUUAUGUACAAAGUUACUUUGGACAUGGCUGGCUUUGCAUCACGAUUCAGAAAAAUAAAAAAGGAUAUUUAAUGUAACAUGUGAAAGGAAAUUCUUCAGAGUGGAGUUUGGAUCAGAUUAGUUUAACAGCUGGCUUUGUUUUUUUUAUUUUUGGCGAUGUCAAUUGUGUCACUUUUUUACUGUUAUCCUUCAAAAAUAAACCGAGACAUCAGUAUUCUGCUACUGCCAAAUCUUCACCUGAGAGUUAGGUAAAUUAUUUGAAAUGUUAAAAGUUGUUCUCACAACCAAACACCAACUAUUAAAUACGAUUAAUGGUAUACUCUGCAGGAUUAAAGUCAGUUACUAGUUGUGAACGUAAAAGUUAAAGUAAAAGCCAACCUUUGAUUGAUUCUAAUUUGGCAUUGCCUCUCGCCACAUUUGCGAUUCUUUCAGUGCUGUGUCUCUUGGAUGCCUGCUGUCUACGCUUUGGAACCUGGUCGCUACUUUUUUUACAAAGCCCC